AUGGAACUGAGAAAUGCACUGGCAGGGGUAUCAUUGAAUGCCAUUUUUCUCGAGGACCAGGAAAGUUUUGUCAAAUACGAUCCAACUACAGGGAUUGACCCCAAUGAACCAGGACUGGUCAUAGAAAUCAUGGAUGCUCUGGCAGAACGAGCAAACUUUAGUUGGCGUAGUUCCUUUGCCAUUCAGAAGGAACCAACUGCCUACAACACUAGCUAUAGCGAAGUUUUGCUUUGGGAUGUCGAGCACUUUGACAUUGUUGUGAGCUGGUUUGACAAAUCUCUGGUGAGAUUGGAACGUGGGAUAGCGUUCCCACAACCAUGGUAUGAUGGAAGCCUGAUUCUCAUUGCUCAGAAUUAUCCUGCAGUCACCGAAAUUGACCUUUUCAACUGGUCAAGGCCAUUCGAACCAGGUGUCUGGGCACUUAUCAUCCUCACUAUCUUCCUCGCAGCUAUCGUCUAUCAGCUUAUCGAGUAUCUGAACGAUGAGAGAGAAGACAGAGGCAUGUUCCAGUGGUUUUCCGACAAUCUGUAUCUGAGCUCUCUGAACUUCACCCAGAACUUUGAAUACGCGCCCAGCUCCGUUGCCGGUCGAAUCUUUGGUGUGACUAUGUGCAUUUGGGCACUUGUUAUCACAGCUACCUAUACUGCGAAUUUGGCUUCCUUGUUUGUGGGGGACCAAUCGUCCAGGGCGGUUGCCAGCUCCCUGAAGGAUGCGAAGCGACUGCAAAUCCCUGUAUGUGUCUGGGGAGGAACCAACCAUGAAGAAAUACUUCGGAAGAAACUCGUUACGACAGAUUUGGUGAUGUCACAAGCGAGUGAGGCCGAUGGACUUCGAGCAUUGAAACGCGGAGAAUGUGGACUGGCCGCCGUCGCCCGGGACAGCUGGCUCACCUUUGAAACGCAAUCUUCUAUCAACCCAGAUUGUGAUUUGGAGUGGGUGGGAAGGGAAGUGAAAAACAUUGGCUCUGGCUUUGCUGUCAAAGCAGAUGCCGGCUACCUCUGCACCAGUUUGAUCAGGGACGUGUUAAAUUUGCAUCUUUUAGAAUAUAUCUCUGAUGGAGACCUGGAAAAAGCAUGGGAAAGGCACAGGGCACGAUUUCGAGACAAUGAAUGCGGUGAUGACGAGGAUGACACUUAUCAAAUACGUCGUCACCUCCUAGAGAAGCAACCACAAUCCGCUCCGCUGGGCCAUCGUAUUUUGAAAACAUCGGCUCGCUCUGCUGGUAGUAUGGUUGAAAGCAGUGGGGACGAUAGCAGUCAAGCCUUGUCUGUGGAUCACAUGAUUGGCACAUUCGCGUUGCUUUGGUUAUCGAUGGUCUUUUCCGUCAUGAUCAGCGUGGUCCACGUGUACUACAAUAAAUGGGAACAAAGGCAGCUGGAAAAAGACGGAAAGUUCCGUGAGCGCUUGAGGUUUCGAAUGCAUGGUCCCAUCGUUGGAUCGCCACCACGGACAAAUACUACACUCAUUGCAGAUAUCAGCACGCGCGAAGACGGAUCAUUGGAGGUCAAAAGUAAAAGAAGCACCUUUGUUGCUAGGAAUGUGGCGGGGCGUGAUCGCAGACCAAUAGACAGUUUGGAUGACAUCAAGAGUCACAUCCGUGAGUGGGUGAACAGUGACCCGGACUUUUCUGCUAACAGCGGAGACACGAGCUCUAGAUGGCAACCGCAGCCAAACAUGCUUCGGGGGCCCAGCUGUUUGACAGCAGUUACUGAACUCGAUGGGCAUUCCGAGUGGCUGAAGAAGAAAAGCAGUGAAUUUCAGGAGGAGAAAGAAGCAUACACUAGAAAAAUCGACGGCGUUGAGGAACGAAUGAAAGGCGUCGAAGAAAGAAUGGGAGGUGUCGAGGCACGAAUGGGGGUCGUUGAGAACAGGAUAGAGACAAUCUUGACACUUUUACAGGAUCAGCAAGCUCAUCAAAGACAGCAAAGCCAGCAUGUCGAAGAGAUGAGAAGGUUCAUGAUGGCUAAGCAACAAGGGGGCGGCGAAGGAUCAGAACGGGUCGUGGAAGAAGUACCUCAAGAGCGAUGCGACUCCCACGACGACAUAGCGGUACCAUACCACUCCUCUUGGGUCCAUUGGGACGGUACUGGUACAAUCGGAGCUGGAGCUCCCUCUUUCAAAAAGCCCUAG